AUUCAGACCAUGCAGGCAUACCGUAUAAGAAAAAAUACGAAAGCUUGUUGAAGGUGAUACUAACGUCUGGCAGAUGAACGGACAGAAAGGCCGGGCGGGAAAUCGGACAGGUGGACAGACAUUUUGACGGCUUGCCAUGCAGCACUGGACAGCAGUAUGAUGUAUCCGUAAAUUAGGGACAGACUUUCACGUCACCUUCAUGUAAAAAAGUUGCAGUCGUCUCUGGCGUGGCCAUCCCGUCCACACUUUUGCUCGACAAUGCCGGCCUGCCGGCCUGCCUGCUUUUUUUCUUCUUUUUCUUUUUGCUUCAGGGACCCAAUCAUGGUCCGUACUCAGUCACAUCCCUCACACCCAAACCUGGAAAGCCAGGACCCCCCAUCGCCAUGGUGUUACUGUUGGUUGCCCCCCUCUCCGAAAUGGAAUCCUCCCCGCCAGCCCGCUAAGCUCGUCACACGCACCACCAGUCCAUAGUCCACCACCGUCUCUCACACAUUUUUUUGGGUUGCUGGCAUCCGCAGGCUUUCAGAGCCGAAGGGGGACCCUGACAAUGUCCACCCGUGAGGCCCGCGGCGACGUCACCCGCCCCCCCAUUGCUCCGAUGAAGGCCACAAAUCACUGUCCGCACAUUGAGAAGUCUUCUCGAAGCUCUUGAUCAGGUACAAGGCAGUUGAAGG